UUUCGAUCCCGUCUCGUCGCCGAUAUAUUCUACAGGCCCAGAGAUAAACCGAAAAAAAUGGACCACAAGAAAACGUUAACCUGGUUUUUCAGCCUGUCAUCGGUGCGCUACGCGCAGAUCUUUAUCGUAAUGGCGGUCGAUCUGCUGACCCUGUCCAAUCUGUAUCCCAAGCACUCGAGCUACAUUGCGCGUCCAUUCCUACUCUGGCAGGAUCUUCAGGAGGAGGACGAACGUAGCUUGGACUCACCCCAGCAAUUCUAACUGAUAUAUAUAUAUUUUACCGUGCGUGGGAGACGUUUUAUUGCCCCCAAAGAUUUUUGACCAGACACCAACCUUGAGUUUCAAUGCCAAUGCCAGGCCCAUGACGUCACUUGUAUCUGCUUGCCUCUUGCUGGUUGAAUAUACUGAAUAUUUUGUACAU